UAAAGUCAUUGUACUGUUACAUCACCAGGGUAACAUAUUGCAAUUGUUGAACAUGACCGCAGCCAUGUACAGCGUUUUACUGUUAGUUACAGUGUUAGUUCUACAACCUAUAGCCGGGCUUAGUGAAGAGAAGCCCGUGGAUUCUGUGUUGGAGCCCCCAGAACUCCCGGAGCAGUGGCGAGAGUUUGAUAACGAGCACGCAGAUCUCGACUAUGGUUCCACAGAUAUGAAGCCUGAUUCCAAGAAGAAAAAGUAUCCCGUAAAACCACCCGCUAUGUCUCAAGAAGUCAACACAGAUGAGGCUGUUAUCGACAGGCAGUUGACAAGGAAUGAAGGGAUGCUCAUGGACCUGCGUGGCCGCCCAGUGCAAGCCAGUAGCCACCAGAUUCAUCCAGAUAUGAAGCCUGAUUCCAAGAAGAAAAAGUAUCCUGUUAAACCACCCGCUAUGUCUCAAGAAGUCAACAAAGAUGAGGCUGUUAUCGACAGGCAGUUGACAAGAAUUGAAAGGAUGCUCAUGGACCUGCGUGGCCGCCCAGAGCAAGCCAGUAGCCACCAGAUUGAUCCAGAAGCUGGCGUUAACGUGCAGAUGACCAAAAACGAAGAACUUUUUAUGGAAAUGGCGGCUCCACGACCCAGGGUGAACCGGAUAGGUGCACAACCCAGGGUGAAUCGGAUAGCUACUACAACUACUACUACAAAGAGACCAGACACCACUGAGCAUAUAUUCAAACUACACAUGAAAACGCAGGUCAUCCUAUUGAUUUUUGUCUCAGUUUCUGCCAUCCUGAUCCUGCUAGGAUCAAUUAUUUUCAAGUGUUUCCUAGAAAAGAGGUGGAACAAAGAGGAAUGUCACCCUGACCCUGACCCUGUCCCUGACCCUGACCCUGUCCCUGACCCUGAACCUGAAAGGCCACGACGGAGAUCGGUAACAUUUAGUGAAUACCUUCCAACUAGAAGGUCAGUUAUGGAGUCCGAGGGAAGAUACAAUGAGGGUAAUGACAUUGACACUGAAUCAGAAGAUUCACUGGCUAGAUAUUAUGUACGAGGGGAUGGUGAUCAUCUUAUCGAACAAGUGGAGACAGAGUCGGAGAGUUCCCAAGAAGAGGUUGAAGAGGUUGAAUCUAGUGACAAGACUGAAUCCAAAGAAAACGUAUCACAAAAUUUUAAAGAAGAAUCUGCAACUGUACUGCAAAAUAGGCAACAGUAUAAACACAGCCAAAAAGCCAAACAACAGACACUACACGUUUCUAUGAAACAACCCAAUAUUGGACUGCCAGAUAAGCAACAGUAUAGUUGCCCACAAGAACCUAACAUUGCACUGCCAAAUAAGCAACAGAAUAGUUGCCCACAAGGACCUAAUAUUGGACUGCAAUAUAAGCAGCUAUAUAAUUACAAGCAAGAGCCCAAUAUUACACUAUACGCUUGCAGCCAAGAAUCUGAUAGAAGUAGCCAAGAUAAGGUGUUAUACAAUAAUAGACAAAAAGCCAAUAUUAGACUGAAAAAUGCAUAUGCAUGUAAGACCUUGCAAAGGAACUACAAAGAGCCCUACAUUGCGAUCAAUGGCAAGAUAUACAGGUGCUGGGAGGAAGUUGACAUCGAGCCACAAGAGAGGAAAUUGUGUCGUUAUGAAGAGAUAAAUGAAAUUGCACCCAAAUCUAAAGGCCGAAAAUCUUUAAAGAAAUUUAAAUCAUGCUUCAUGAAACCUUGUGUGCUGGACUAAAGUGUAGACAGCAGACGUGUGUGCAGGGGGAGCAUUUUGGGGAUCCAACCCCAUCCCUGCUCAAGCAAUUGUUUUUAAUACAUUUUCCAGGGGAGCAUGUUUCAGCCCCCUCCCCCUAUUAGCUCGCCAGUCUACACGUCCCUGCUAAGAUUCCUGCAGACGCGCUUGAACCGGAUCAGCCUAGUGUCAGCAGACCAUAAUUUGAUAGCAAAUGGCAAACAUUUUACAAGAACUGCUUCCAGUGGCAUAAAUAGGACUAUAUCGCAGGGAGUUUAAUUCCCUCUGAAAAGUGACACUACCUCUCACACAUUUUGUGUAAAGAAAUUUUAACGGUUUCUGUUCACUACGUGUUAACAACAUGUCCGUAAGACACUACCUCUCACACGUUUCGCAUAGAGAAACCUUCAUGUUUUUGUGUUCACUAUGUGUUCACAACACGUUCGUGAAACACCACCUCUUGCGCGGUUCGCGUAGAGAAAUCUUAAAUGUUUUUGUGCUCACUACCUGUUCACAACACGUCAGUGAGGCACUACCUCUCACGCGUAGAGAAAUCUUAAAAGUUUUACUGUUCAUAUACGUAUUCACAACACAUCGAGACACUACCUCUCACACGUUUCGCAUAGAGAAAUCUUAAAAAAAAAAAAAAAAUGUUACAUACAUGUUCACAACACGUCCGCGAGACACUACGUCUCCGACAUUUCGUGCAGAGAAACCUUCAACGUGUUUGUGUUCACUGUGUGUUUUUUGUUGUUGUUCACAACACGUCCGUGAGAAACUACUUUUCACGUAGAGAAAUCUUAAAAGUUUUUGUACUCAUGUGUUCACAGCACAUCGAGACACUACCUCACACCUUUUGCGUAGAGAAAUCUUAAAAGGUUUUGUGUUCACAACACGUCUGCGAGACACUACCUUUCACACGUUUAGCGUAGAGAAAUCUUCAAAAUUUUUAUGUUCACUGUGUUCACAACUUCUCUGCUAGACGCUAUCUCUCACAUGUUUCGCGUAAAGAAAUCUUUAAAAAAAAUUUGUGUUCAUUACAUGUUCACAACACAUCCGUGAGACACUACCUCUUACACGUUUUGCAUUGAGAAAUCUUCAACUUUUUUGUGUUCACAACACCUCCACAAGACACUACCUGUCACAUGUUUCACAUAGAGAAAAUUUAAAAAGCAAACAUUUUUUUACUUUGUGUUCACAACACAUCUGUGAGACACUACGACUCACCCGUUUCGCAUAGAGAAUUCAUAAAUAUUUUUGUGUUCACUACAUGUUCACAACACGUCCACGAGACACUACCUCUCCCACAUUUCGUGUAGAGAAACCUUCAACGUUUGUUUUUGUUCAUUACGUGUUCACAACAUUUCUGCGAGACACUACCUUUGACACAUUUCGCUUAGAGAAAUCUGACAUUUUUAAAAAAAUGUGUUAGUUCACUACCUGUUCACAACACGUGGAGACACUACCUCUCACACGUUUAGCAUAGAGAAAUGUUAAAUGUUUUUGUGUUCACUAUCUGUUCACAACACAUCUGCGAGACACUACCUCUCACCCGUUUCGCGAGAGAAAUCUUAAAUGUUUUUGUGUUAACAAACACGUCCGCGAAACACUACCUCUCACAGGUUUCGCACAGAUAAACCUUCAACAUUUUUGUGUUCACUAUAUGUUCACAACAUGUCCACGAGACACUACCACUGCAUGUACCUCUCACACAUCUUGUAUAGAGAAAUCUUCAACGCUUUUUUUUUUAUUAUACGUUAACACAUCCGCGAAACACUACCCCUCACACGUUUCGCGUAGAGAAAUCUUUUUGGGGGGUUCACUUCUUGUUCACAACACGACUGGGAGAUACCACCUUUCACACAUUUGCAAAAGAGAAAUCUUCAAAUUGUUUUUUAAUUAUUUUUUUUUCGUUCACUUCGUGUUCACAACACGUCUGCGAGACACUACAUGUACAUUUCACACAUUUCACACAGAGAAAUCUUCAACAUUUUUUUUUUUUUUAUUUCACUACCUGUUCACCACACGUCUGCGAGACACUACAUGUACCUUUCACACAUUUCACACAGAGAAAUCUUCAAAAAUUUAGUUUUUGUUAAUUCACUACCUGUUCACAACACGUCGAGACACUACCUCUCACACGUUUAGCAUACUGAAAUGUUAAAUGUUUUUGUGUUUCCCAGCAAACAAAAUAAAAUGUCAAUAAAAACAUUAUAUAAAUGUUUUA